ACACCUGAGAUGCAGACAAUCUCAAACCAACUAUGGGCAGUAACUUCUGCCGUAGGCGCAGGGUUUUGUCUCCUCGUUAUUGUGGUCGCCUCCAUUGUCUGGAUCCACCCUCGAUCGCGUCCUCAUCUAGAUCGAGUCAGUUUUCGGAUGGUUAUGUACGCACUAGCCGCAAAUACAUUAUUUGGCACAUCCAGCGCUAUCGGAGGAGAGUUGACCGGUCCAAGUUGGGGUUGUGGAUUCUCCAUCUUUGUUCUUCAGAUCACCCUCGAAUUCUCGAGUUUCAUGCUCUUCUGCAUUGCUCUCAAUCUUCAGCUCGUGGUCGUUCACGGAUGCAAUGGUCGAGCGAUGGAGAAAUUCUACGUGAUCGGAUCCAUCGCUAUGGCUGCAGCUCUAACUGUACCCACGUACGCUGCCGGUCAGUACGGCUGGGACCCCCUUGAAAAGGACUGCUGGUAUACAAAUGACAAUCGGGAGCAAAGAUUGGCAUGGCAGAUUGGGACACAGAUGGCUUGGACUCUAUUGACCGUACUGGGAGAGAUUUCUUGCUCCUUGACGGUCAUGAUUUUUAUGCUCCGACACCAUUUGAGGCAAAGGCGUAACUUCCUAGUGGUCUCGCAGAUCUCCAGUCGGCCAGGUUGUUUCGAAGGCAAAGAGCCGUCUUUGUCAGCACCCCCACAACUCAUAUAUGCUAAUAACUACAAGAAUAUCAUCAUGCGUGUGGCUCUGUAUCCUCUCGUUUCUUGUGCGGUUAAUCUUGUGAGUGUCGUAACAGCCCUCCAUUCGACGGUAUCAAAUGGUAUUCUCGACCAGACGGAUUAUAAUGUCUUAUUGCUGAGCGACUUCCUGUACGGUGGCCGGGCUGUGGUGUACGCCUUACUCGCAGCAUCUGAUCCGGCUCUUGUCCGAGGCAUCAAGGCACUGAUCUCCCACAUUUACACCACCCGGUUGAGCAACGCAUUCGGGGGAACUGGUGCAAGCACUAUGGAGGAACAGUUGUCUUCGAUGCCUAAACGGAGACGCGAGAACAUGACUGUUACGGUUGAACUUACAAUGUGCCACUCUCCGCCUGCGGAACCCAUGGCAGCAUCGCUCAACUCGGACGCGGACAUCAAGAACAGGACUGGUCUCGGUCAUCGUACAGACGAGAACUUUAUAGGUGUCGAACAGGUGUCGCCUCAAAUCUUGAAGGAUUUUCGCCAUGAGGAUGUAGAGCUUGACGAGCUACCUGUCAUGGAUGUCGAGCUCGGUAGGGAGGGUGUCAGGGAUGUAGACUUUUGUCUCGCUGAUAGAGCACAUGAGACGAGCGAACGGCGUCUGAGGGAUUCUCGCAGGCGGGAGGAAAUGAGGAGAGACGAGCAUGAAGCGUUCAAACGGCAGAUCUGAUAUUGUCUAGAGAAAGCCCUUAGCUAUACGUAUUUAUAUACCCAUUGCCUUUGAG